GCUUGAUUGAGUUGUGAUUCGGUUCUGAAGCUUCUUCAGACUCAGGCAGAAGAAACGGCCACACAGGAAGUAUGAGAGUUUUCUGAUGUGUCCUCACAAGACCCGCUUCAGACGUCAAAUCAGGAUGCCUGGUCGCCAUGGAGACUUCAAAGCUGCUUCUGGGGCCCCACUGUGUCUGUAAACAGGGGCAAAGUAAGUGAAGUUGGACGAGAACAAACCGGCCUGCACCAGACUUGUGUGUGAGAAAACCGAGGUUUUGAAGACCUCAUGCAAGUGUGGUUUGGGGUUGAAAACAUCACAGAAUAUCACACUGAAGAUGUUCACGCUGUCCGAGCUGUGGUCGGGCGGUGAGCGUCAGGGCAGUUAUAAGCUGCUGAAGCCAUGGUGGGAAGUCUUCAUGGACUACCUGCUGGUGCUCAUGCUGAUGGUGUCCAUCCUCGCUGGGACUCUUCUGCUGUCCCGGGACGGAGUCGUGUGCGUCCCCAUACACUCCUUCUCCAUAAACUACACCUCUCCCAUGGACCCCAUGCCUGAUUCUGUUUUUACAGGUGCAAAACAGUCAUCCGAGAGUCCGGCAAAAGGGCGACGUACCAACUUGGACUUCCAGCAGUACAUCUACAUCAGCCAGGUUUGCUAUCACGAGGCGCUGCCCUGGUACUCGCGCUUUCUACCAUACGUGACGCUGCUCCACACGCUGAUUCUGAUGGCCAGCGGCUGCUUCUGGUUCCACUUCCCACUCACGUCUGCUCGUAUCGAGCACUUCCUGUCGCUCCUCGCCAAAUGUUGUGAAUCACCCUGGACGACAAGGGCGCUGUCGCACACAGCCAAACUGGACACUCGCUUUUCGGAGGCGGAACAAGUGGUGCGACCGAAAGUUCAGGUAACAUCUUCGUACAAAACGCGCAAGUCAAGUCAGGACUCUGGGACUGACAGCCCUCUGCUGGCAGGGACUGAUAGUGCAUCCACUACAACACAACCGUCUCCAUGUCCUUCCACAUUAUCCCACUGCUCUACGCAGUCAGCUCUGUCGGUCAAGGAGCCGGUUUUGCCGGCACAAGUUGUCCCGGAUGGUUCCAGACCGGGAGCCACGUUGGACCGCAGCGACAGGGAGCAGGCCAGAGCACUGUUUGAGAGAGUGCGCAGGUUUCGCGCUCACUGCGAGAGUUCGGAUGUUAUCUAUAAGGUGUACACUGCUCAGGCGGUGUUCAAGGUCAUGAAGUUCAUUCUGAUCGUGAGCUACACUACUCCUCUCCUGGGCUCCAUCUCUUUCAGUCACGUCUGCCAGCCUCGCUCUCACGCUCUGACCGGCUACAGCAUCUUCCAGUGCAGUCACUCACUGUCCUCCGUCCUGCGCAAGUUGAUGCAGGCCUACGUUUUGCUGCUCUUUCUGUUCGGUCUGCUGGGCGUGUACGCCCUCUUCUGGAUCUUCCACAAGUCUUUGAGGCAGUACUCCUUCCAGAGUCUACGUGAGAAAGGAUCCAUGCUAGACGCACCUGACCUACAUAAUGACCUGGCCUUCCUCUUGCACAUGGCCGACCAGUACGACCCUCUGUUGGCCCAGCGCCUGUCUGUCUUCUUGUCGCCGGUCAGUGAGACUCGACUGCUGGAGGAAAGUCUGGAGCGGCGCUGGGGAGCUGAGCGCUUGAGAUCAGUGACCACGUGUGAUCAGCAGGGCCGCUCUCUGCUGCAGCUCGUGGCUCUUCCUCGCCUGCCACCGGCCCUGUUCACCCUUAGCCAGUUAGAGGUGUUGAAGCUGGAACUGAUUGGCGAUGCCAAACUCACAGCACAAAUAUCUAACAUGACCGCACUCAGGGAGAUGCACCUUUACCACUGCUCUGCAUCAGUGGAGCCUGGAGCGCUGCAGCACCUUCAAGAACAUCUGGAGACUUUGCAUCUCACCUUCACCCAAGCUACUGAGAUCCCGGUGUGGGUUUAUUCCCUCCGCGGACUUCAAGAGCUGCACCUGACCGGGAGGUUGAGCAGCGAGGGUGGGAUGGGGCGUGGCUGGGCCCUUGGCAGCCUCCGACAGCUACGUCACCUCCGCAUCUUGGUGCUGCGUGGCACUCUGCAGAAAGUCCCGGGGGAGCUGAGCGAAUUAGCAGGGAGUCUGCUAAAACUGGAGAUACACAACGAGGGCACCAGGCUGUUAGUACUUACGGGACUGAGGCGCUUGACCGGACUGGCAGAGGUGCAGCUGCAAGGAUGCCAGUUGGAGAGGUUGCCAUCAGCGCUGCUGACGCUCACAGGCCUACGCAGUUUGGACCUGCAACACAACAGUCUGCGUACUCUAGAGGAGCUGUUGGGAUUGCAGCAUCUGCGCCGCCUGUCCUCUCUACGACUUGCAUGUAAUCACGUGUUGGCUCUGCCAGCCAGUGUAGGAGUGCUGCGCUCACUGGAGCUCUUGGAUUUGGCCCACAACCAGCUGCAAAACCUACCGUCGGCUCUCUUCACGCUGCGCAGACUGCGACGCCUCCUGCUGGCUGGAAACCUUCUGGAAGAGCUGCCGGCCGAGGUGGGCGCCCUGAUGCUCCUUAGCGAACUGGAUCUAAGCGCCAACAGGCUGGAAUGCCUUCCCAAAGAGCUGUUUGGAAGUUGUGUAGAACUUCGCUGCUUGAAUGUCGCAAAUAACUCGCUGGGCACUUUGCCGGCUGGUCUGGGCAGCCUGACUCAGCUGUCUCGUCUGGAUGUGCGGGGAAACAGUUUGGAGGAGCUGCCUGUUGAGCUGGGCUGCUGUUUUGGGCUCCGUGGAGGCGGUUUGCUGGCGGAAAACUGGCUGAUGCACACCCUACCUCGGCAGGUCAGGGACAUCCUGCAGCAGCCCAGCUCUUCAGAACCUCCAUCACGACCCAAUUCGGACUGCUUUCCUAACUUUUCAACUGCACAGUGGAGCUUCCACUCCGCACUGGAAUCUCGGAUAUAAAACAUCAGCUUCAAAGUGAACCUACAGACUUUGGGGCCUGUUAUUUUAUAAACAAUAUUUAACUACCCUUGUGAAAAAAGAAGUACACUUUAGCAUACCUUUAAAAAGAGUACUUAAUGAAAUAAUUUACUUUAAAAGAAUAUACUUGAGUGUGAAAUGAACGUGCACUUAGAAGAAAAGGUUCUAUAUGGAACCUUGAAGGAUUCUGUCAUGCGCAUCUGCUGCAUCAUAUUUGGAAACUUUUAUGGGGUCCUAUCAUAGGAUCAUUUUAUGGAUUAUGUUUUAUUUUUUUCAUUCAAUUUUUAAUUUUAAUUACAUUUUAUGAAUUAAACAGCUCUUAGAUAUACUUUAUCACUAGAUAAAUUUAAAGUAUCCCACAAAACCUAGUAAUUUCUUGGUACAUAGAACCUUUUUGGCAUAAAGGGUUCUUUAAAUUUGAGUCAAGAAGAGUUUUAUAGAGAAUUUUGCCCCAUUUUUUUUUGUGGUCUUUGAAAUAUGAUUAAAGUGUACUGCUGAAUUUACUAACAAUCAUUUAUAGUGAAAAAUAUUUAAUUUCUGUUAAAACAUGUCAUAUUUUAAAUAUUUUAUGUAUUAAAUUGCUACUUACUCAAUACAAUUACAAAUAUAUUUAAUAAUAAAUAAAUUAACUUAGUAAAUAUCAAAUACCUCCCCGCAGUUAUAAGUACUUUAACUGUUUUAAUACGUUAAUCAGCACAUCAAAAUAAGUGUAUUUUGUUAAGCAUGACAAGAUCAUUAAAACAUAAUGAUUUAAAAUGUACUUUGAACUAAAACUUAAUGAAAAUGUAGUCUUUUUGACCACACUUAAGUGACCUUUUAUUUAAUUAAUUUUAUAUUACCAGUACAGUUAAAAAAAGAACAUGCUUUUAAGAUUACAAUAUUACUAUGUUAUUAUUUUGAUGAUAAUAUUACUAAAAUGAGGCUGAAAGAGCCAGUCUCUUUCCUAGAAGACUUCAAUGGAUAAACUGAUGACUGACAAAAUUAAAAUCAUUUUACUUUAACUGACAUCACUGACCCAAUGUGUGAGGCCCAAUUAACCUAUUGUGAACCUUUCUAAUCAUGUCAAACUGUAUAGGCUAUCAUUUUAAAGCUCUUAAGACCCUAGUUUUCAUAUUUGGUGUCUGUUUUUCAAUAGACAUGACAUAGCAAAAGUAUUUUAAUUAUUUGUGAUAAGUACACAUCAGAGUCAUAAAAUGAGUUCAGACCUUUUUUAUGAAAGUGAUGCACAUUCUAGUUUUGUGUCAAAUUUUUAAAAUAUAAAGAAAUACUUCAUUUAUAAUGCAUUAUGUCUUCAAUGCAAACUAUAAUGCAUGUCUGGUUGCUUUCCACAUGUCCUUUUAUGUGUUUGGUAGAGGUUGAAUUCAAAUAAAAUACAGUAAUACUGCCCAUACUAUUUAUGAAAA